AGCCUUUAGGUUCAACUAUAUACUCCAGCAAACAUCAUCGUCACUCAUGUCGGCCGGAUCCAACAAGCUCUUUGAGUUCACCAGAGAGGUGAACCAUUUUUGUGAAUUGCAGCCUGAAAGCGAGCUGGCCAAGAUCAAGGUAGUUCCUUCCUACAUUUUGGUGGGUGACCAGUCCAGCGGGAAGACUUCAUUACUCAGCAGACUGGCACGGUUGCCUCUGGGGUACACGGCAAACAAAACUGGGACGCGGCGGCCGGUGGAGUACAAUUUGAUCCACGACGACUCAAAGUCAGAGCCCGACAUUGAAGUGAACUCCAGGAAGGUGAAUGAGGCUGACUUUCUGAGCGUCAUGAUCAAAGAAAACGGCACGGAAGGCUUCAAUGACUCGGCCGUCUCAGUGAAGAUCCUCUGGAAGAAUAUACCUGAAUCCGUCAUUGUUGCUGACAUGCCGGGGAUGAAAGACGGCGACAACGCCCCAGAGAACAUGAUCCUGAAGAGGCUAAAGAGCCCAAAUGUCAUUCCUGUGGUCAUUUUGGAGCCAAAGGACUUUGACUCCAAACACUUUGCGUUCGACUUGUUGAAGAAAGCCGGGAGAAGCUAUGCUGAUAUCAUCGCUGUCGUCAACAAGUGCGACGAGAAGAUGGCUCAAAUGGGGCAAUGGUCAAACCAGUCCGAUUGGACUGAUUUUUGGGACACCGCUAGGAAGAAGGGCUUCAAGAAGAUCUGUAUCACUGGAUGGCCAUGCAGCAGCAGUGACCGAAACAGCCAGGAUCUGGCAAAGCAAAAGAACGUGCUUGGUCAAUCGUGUGACGCGGAGGAUCGACUGAUAGCAGAUUGGAAGUCGCGCGUGGAAGUAACUUCUGAAGCUGCUGAGUGCAUUGGUUUGGACAAGUUCCGGCAAUUGCAUCGAUUGGGGGAGCUUUGUGACCGGAGUUUGCCGCAUAUCCGGUGUCAGAAGAAAGAGAUUGGGGAUAGAGUGGAGGAACUCAAGACCAAGAACGCUACUAGGUGGAGGACUUCGCUAGUAGGUUGGAGGCCAUCGCUUCUUUCGCUUUGCACUGCGCAAUGGAAGAAGUCGAAGGAGAGCUUGAAGGUCGUGCUUUCCCAGCUCAUGCAUGAAUGGGCUUACGAGGUGCUAGAGCUGGUGGAUGGGGAUGUAGAUGUCCACAAGUUCAACAAUUCGUCUAAGACCGCAGAAGAAGAUCUCCACGAGCUCUUCAAUCAGGGCAAGCAGCAGUUUGAGCAGCUGCCGAGUCACAAUCUGCAUCGGGACUACACAAAGCACUUCCUCAAGGGCUGCUUCUUCAGAAUCAGCCUUCCCACAGAGGGAACUGACCCAAAGAUGGAGAUUGACAACUGGAUCGGUCUGGUCUCCCAAUCCAUCUUCGCACCGAAUGAGAAGUUGGUUGGGAAAGCCGCCUUUGAGCGGACCUUGGACAUUGCCUUCACGACCUCCCUUUGUCGCACCUUCCAACAUGCAUUGACGGAGUUUGACGCGGACUUCAUCAAUACGGUUUGUUCUAAGUAUUCCCAGGACACGGGGAACAAAGUCAUCCAGCAGUUUGUGAAGCGAGUUCUGCUGCCGGGAUCGCUGCAUCCUAUGGUGGAUGUAGUCAGCCUCCUUGUUCUGAAACAUUUGCAGACUUGCUUCACGCGGUCUGACAAGCCUUAUUCUGAAGAGACUAGGUGCCUCAAGGAGCUAAAACCCGAAGAAUAUUUCAAUGCAUCCGCCAACCACUAUGCUGUGUUGUUGGUGCAAGAAUUCAACAGAGACUUGCAUGAGCGUCUGGAGGAACACGGUGCGCUUCUUCAAGGACGCUGCCGGAACGGAGAGAGCAAUUUUGCCCUGGACAACAACUGCUCUGGACACACCUUACCUGGUGAUGCGUUCUAUGCUGAUUUGGCCGCUGAGAACUUUUGCAGUGCUGCCUCGCACUUUUUGAAAAUGGGUAUGCAGGUUCUUGGGAAAGCUGGGGUCAAAAGCCAGCAAGCUGUCUAUUUUUAUGAACUAUUAUUGGCGUCUGCUGCGCAGAAGAACUCUCAGAUGAACGAGAAGGACAUGUUUCCCUUGGGAGUGGAAGCCAAAUCCGUUGACAAGGUACGAAAGUUACGAUCGCUGCCUAUUCCCGCGAACAAGACCAUCGCAAUAACGAUGGAUGUGAAGUUCCAGCAGCAAACUUCCACCAAGACGGAGCAGCCAGGUAUAAUGAGUACCUUGCGGAACGGAGAUAAAUCAUCGCAAGCAGGUGCAGAGGACAAGAAGUUGGUCGGAAUGGAGCUCCAAGACAUGCGCUCCGACGAAGGCCUGCUAGACGAGAAGGAACCUUGUGGGCCUUUUGUCCAAGUGGCGUUGAAUGACUUUAAGGAGAACAAGUGGUUGCUAAGCAAGAGCUGCAAGUGUGGCGAGCCCAAACCGGUUGUGACCUUUGAGGAGGACGAGCUGAAGCAAGCAAACAUUUCAGAUCGGUUUAUCACGGUUGAUGUGCUCGUCAGACAGUGCGGAGUGAGCGUUACUUCCUGGAGCAUUGGCAAUCCGCAGGCUCAUGAAGCAGGCCACCGGAACCCUGAGACAAGCGUGGACUCUGCAAGUUUGGACGCCAGUGAUGCAGAGGCCGAUGGCGAGGAAACUUUAGAGCAGGAAGUCGAGGAGGGGGUGGUCUCAAGCGAGAUAUUGAAAACAGCAGCAAGCUUGGUGAAUGAUAUGGCGAGUGCUUUCAAGCCACUACCUGGCUCAAGAGACGGUGGCCCUCGAGACUUCCGGAAGCUUCUCGUUGAGGCGAGCUGCGAGCUGGUGGAGCAAGUCAUCAGCUUCCGGGAAAUCUUGGAGAAGAGGCUGGAGAAAUUGAAGCUCACUGCCAAGAAGUACCUUGGGCACAAGAUGAGCACAGGAGAUGCAGCUGAAUCGGUGUUGGAUGAACUCUGCAAGGGUAGCAAGAAGCAGCUCAAGAAGCUCGAAAAGUUGGAUGGCAUCCUGGAGAAGGCCUUGCGCCUGCAUCGCGAGUUCAAGAAUCCGGACCCAGACUCCGACAGUGAUUGAAGUGCCACUGUGAAGAACAUCAGGGUGGAAUCAAUAUUUUACCUUGGAUCAAUUGUGUGGUUUUGCCUUGGAGCACUUCGUCAAUGUCAAUAUGUUGAACCACAAUUUCAAUUACUCACUCCAAAAGACCUCAUCACUGCAUGAGCUUGCGUGGCCGCUCAAGAGUUAAAGUCGCUUGCAGUCGUUUAGUUUGAUUGCAAGGAGGUUCUCGUCUCCAGUCUUUUUCAUCAUGCCCUGGCUCAAGCUUAUGGUUUCAACCAGGCCCUGCUGUAGCGCGG